GGGAGAGGAGGAAGAAAAAAAAAAAGAAAAAAAAGUUGGCCAGGGGAAAUCAAACCGCGGAAGUGAAAAUGUGCGACUGGUCCAACUAGUCUGAGACAAACGGACGCACGCACACGGAGACACACGCGCGCUCACGCAGUCGUACAGGCGCAGACAGACACACGCAGGCAGACACCGACCCAAAGGGACGAGAUUCCGCACGGCGUCUGGCUUCCUUACCGCCUCUCCUUGAGACCAAAACGAUAUGGAGGGAGCCAUCAAGACGGUGGUGAGCGUCUUCCUCAACUCCUCCGGGGGGAGGGACAACCUUCGAUCCAGUGACUUCCAGAAGCUGGUGAAGUCGCAGCUUGGAAACAUCAUGUCGGACACCAACAGCUCCUCCGCCAUCAGGGAGAUGCAGAACGGCCUGGAUGAGAACAGCGAUGGAAAGGUCAGCUUCCAAGAGUACAUGACCCUGGUGGGCUACCUGGCCACCUCGCUGAGCCUGAACGCGAGCAGAGGGAACGCGUCCGCCUCGUAGACGCACCCCGGCCCGGCGCGCUCUGACGCCGACCACGGGGCAGGGCGGCGGCGGCGGCGGCGGCGCAUCCCUGCCUCCACCAGCAGAUGACAAGAUGUUUUGUAUUACCGGCAAAUCGAAAAAGGGUGUUAAGCGUUUUCAUUGCAUUCCAAAUAUCCUCCUAUCACACGUGCGUUUUCUGAAACUUUCCGCUCAACCACUUCAUGGCAACGUCCCCUCGCAUAUCACGCUGUUCCCCUCCCCACCGCAUAACCGAGCCCCCGCCUGCCGCCGUCCCCACAUCAAGCGCUCUGAGCCGGGGUUGGCUUCCACUUUUCUUUCCUUCCUUCCUUCUUUUUGUUGAACAAGACCCAAUGAAAGAACGUGCUUCUUGUAUUUUCAGAGAAAUAAAGGCUUUUUGUUAUUAUUAAA